GUAAUCAGUAACUGGCAUUUCAAAUUAUUGGUUCUAAAGGAUAUCUACUGCUAAAAUUAAGUAAUGCCGGAGCAAAGUAAUGAUUAUCGUGUUGUAGUUUUUGGUGCGGGUGGUGUUGGCAAAAGUUCACUUGUUUUACGUUUUGUAAAAGGGACGUUCAGAGAAUCCUAUAUACCAACGAUUGAGGAUACUUAUAGACAGGUAAUAAGCAGCAACAAGACAAUAUGCACAUUACAAAUAACUGAUACAACAGGAUCACAUCAGUUCCCUGCCAUGCAAAGAUUAUCAAUCAGCAAGGGACAUGCAUUUAUAUUGGUUUAUUCAGUGAGCAGUCGGCAGUCACUAGAGGAACUCAAGCCAAUAUGGCAAACCAUAAAAGAAAUAAAGGGCACAGAGCUUCCAAAUAUUCCUGUCAUGCUGGCAGGUAAUAAAUGUGAUGAGAGUCCAGAGAUAAGAGAAGUAUCUGCAUCAGAAGGACAGGCCCAAGCACAAACUUGGGGCAUUUCAUUCAUGGAAACUUCAGCUAAAACAAACCAUAAUGUUACCCAACUUUUUCAGGAACUUUUGAACAUGGAAAAGAACAGAAAUGUAUCACUUCAAGUUGAUGGGAAAGGCAAGAAAAAGAAAGACAAGGCAACCAAAGAUGGUGGAGAAGCCUCUGCAAGUGGAAGAGAGAAGUGCCGGAUCAUGUAAAUUUUAAAACAACUCCCAAUAUUAUCUAAUCCCACCAAUUGUAUAACAAUAAUUCCUAGUCAUUUUAAUCCUAGUCAUUAAAUCCAUGACCCAACCACAUUAUUUACCAAAGCUAGAUUUAAGUAUUGCCCAUAUUGCAUUUAAAAGCAACAAGUAGAAUAAUAAUUACAAUGCCUUUUUAAUAAAAUUAAUUCCCAUUGUGACGGAGCUUAGAAGUCAUUGAAAACCUACAUAUUUUGCUAAUUGUUAGUUAUUAAUAAUUUAAUAAUGACUGACAUGACAAAGAGGGGAGAAAUAUUCCAUAUAUUGUUAGUGUGAAAAUACAACGAAAUUAAGUCUUUUAGGACUUACUGUUAUUGAAUUAUACAUACUGAGCUGUUAUAUAAAACAACAUUGCCUAUGAAACACUGUAAUAUUAUGACAAGCAUUGUGUUACUUAAGCAUAGUUAUAUUAUUAUGUACAAACAUUUUUUUAUAACAUUCCAUAUACAAUGUAAGGACCAUAAAACAGGUUUCUGUGUAAUUUACAAUUUGUUUUAUAAGUUUAUUUGUCUCAAAAUUAUAUGGUGACUUAUAAAAUGAAAUGUAUGAAUAAAAGAUGGGUAAUGUCAUUAAGAGAAGUUAUGUCAGUGCCAAAUAGUAGAUUUCUGUACAAAAAUUGUCAUCAAGGACAGAGUGUGGUAUGCAUAAAUGCAUAAUUGCAAUAUUGAUUGUAGGCAUUUUUAUAUUUUCAAUAUUACUGAAAUGGUGCAACUUUGAUUGUACUGUACCACUCCAUUCUGUACUUGACUUUACCUUAGGAAAACCGCUAGAAGUAGUUGUGUCAUAACACUUAGGUGGUGAAAGUUGAAACAUUGGUAGUGGGCUCUAUUUCAUUGGGAUAGCAAUUACACCACGGUCUUUCGACCAUUAAUAUAUUUCUUGAGACACCCCGGGUGUCUAUGGCAACCAAGCGAUGUUUAGG